UUCACGAACACACAUUAAGUAACCAAUGACUUUGUCAGAUUUAGCAACGAACGCCCAGACACGAUAACGAAACGUACGAAAUAAAGGUUGAACGGUUUAUCAUCCUAUACUAGGUAGUGUGCGCGUUUCAAUGGCAGGGGACGAAAGUGUCUUUCUGAGAGCAAAGGAUCGGCGUUAUAAGGGGCUGACAGAAGAUGAACAGAAGGAGUGGAGCGGGCCUUUUUACUUCAUCCAGGCUGCGGACCCCCAGCUUGGCCUGAUGAAGGCAUGGAGGAUUGGUGACUGUGAUUCAGGAGGGGAUGAGUGGGCUGAGGAGGUCCAGCUCACAAAACAGGCAGUCCAGGCAAUCAACAAACUACAGCCCAGACCUCGCUUCCUGGUCCUGUGUGGAGACCUAGUCCAUGCUAUGCCUGGAUGUCCAUUCAGAGAAGAACAGGUUAAGGACCUCAAAGAAGCACUGAGAGAAACUGACCCCACCAUUCCUCUUGUGUUCGUCAGCGGCAACCACGAUCUAGGCAACACACCCACUCCAGAGACCGUGGAGCAGUUCUGUCGUGACUGGGGCGAUGAUUACUUCAGUUUUUGGGUGGGUGGGGUAUUGUGUUUGGUGUUGAACUCUCAGUUCUUCUUCGACUCAUCAGGCUGCCCUGAGUUAAAUGAGGCCCAUGAGGUCUGGCUGGAGAGCCAGCUGCACAGAGCCACCCAGACCCCCUCCCGCCACGUGCUUGUCUUCCAGCACAUUCCGCUCUUCCUCCGUACACCCGACGAAGACGACGACUACUUCAACCUGCAGAGGGGAAUCAGGGAGCGAUUGAUCCAGAGAUUCAAACAAGCAGGGGUGAAAGCUGUGUUCUCCGGUCACUACCACAGAAAUGCAGGUGGCUGCUGUGAUGGGCUGGAUAUGGUGGUGAGCUCCGCUGUUGGCUGUCAGUUAGGAGAUGACACUCAUGGUGUGCGAGUGGUGGUAGUUACUGAAAAUGACAUCAUCCAUCGCUACCAUAGUCUGGACCAAUUAACCGAAAGAGGAAUGGACAAAGACCUGAAGAAAUUGUUGGUUUGAAAGCACCUCCAGGUCACUAAUCACAUGGUUGUAUCUUCAUCUUCAGCAUUCGUUAUUGAAACUGAGCCGUUGUUUGUACAUUUAGAGCUUUCAGGUGUGUUUUUUACAGUCUUACGUCGUGAAUACAUUAGUAUGCAUUAAAAAUUCGAACUAGUGAUUCUUUUGAUCUUUGAUACUCACAUCAUCCGUCUCCAUACUUUAAUCAUGCAAAUGCGUCUGAGAAUUCCUUAAACACUGAAGUUAAAUCACCUCAUCAUACUAAUGGAGUGAGGAGAUGCUAGGGUACAAUGAUAGUUUAAUAGUGCUGAACAUUUUGGAUGACAGUUUGAUGAGUUCACUCCUUGCUCCUCUCUGCUCAUUACUCUGUUCUGUCUCUGAGAGGAGGAAAGAGGCAAUCUCCAUGGUAACUAUUGAAAGACGUGGCUGCAGUGACCGGGACAUCGAGUCACUUGUUCUGUGGGUGGAUCACCAAAAGCAUAAUUGCUGACCUCACCUCACACUUAGAAGCGCCCGAAAACAGCCGGGUGUGACUGAACGACUUUGGCGGCAUGCGUGCAGCUAGAAAGACAUCUUAAAAUGACCAAGCUCUUGUCCGAUUUUAAUCUGUGACCUCGUAGCUUCCUCACCAGUGUCUACAUGCUGAAAUUAAACUGGAUAUUGUCCAGUUUUCUCUGAAUCUUUCCAUGUAAUGUUUAAUGCUGUGAUCAUACAGAGGGGUUCCAAAGCUUUCAUUAUAAAUGAUGUAAUUGGCAUUCAGGAUGGAAAGGUUAACCUGAAAGUUGUCAGAAUGUUUCAGUGUUUGAUUUGUGCCCCUUUUGCUUUAAUGUCGGUGGCACUCGAGCUGCAUGAACAUCUGACUGACUCAACAUCCUGCACAAAGGAGUUCACAUGAUCAAUGUUGCAAAUUUAUAGUAAUACUUAUUUUUAUAUUAUAUAAAAGAUAGUUCAGCCAAAAAUGAAACGUUUUUUUCUUUCAGACGAUUACAAUCAGAGUUAGAUAUAAAAAAAAAUAUGUCCUGGCUUCCCAGCUUUAUAAUGGCAGUGAAUGGGUGUUGAUAUUUUGAAGACCAACAAAGUGCAUCCAUCCAUCCUAAAAAGUGCUCCACACGGCAUACAUGAGAGAGUGGUGUUCCAGCGGAUGACUAGGAUGUAGGCUAACAUGGUGGUGAAUGCGGAAGCGCAGUGGAGAGUGCAAAAGAAAACACCGGUCACAAAUUAGAAGUACAAAACAAGGAUUUGUAAAGAAAAACGUUGAAGGAUUUUGAUAUAAGCCAAGAGGAGACUGGUUUUCCUUUGCUGUAAACAAAACUUGGUUCACGUCUACAUCCAAUGAGAAUAAAGUCAAAAUAUUUUGAGAAUUAAGUUGAAGUUACGAGAAUAAAGUAGAAAUGUUUCAAGAAUAAAGUCAAAAUAUUUUGAGAAUAAAGUUAAAAUGUUUUGAAAAUAAAGUCGAAAUGUUUUAAGAAUAAAGUCAAAAUUUUUCAAGACUAAACUCUACUUUUUCCGAAGAUAAAGGUCGAAGAUUUUUGAGAAUAAAGUCAAAAUAUUUUCAAAAUAAAAUCAAAAUUACAAGAAUGAAUUCAUAGCAAUUACGAGAUAAAAGUUAGAGUAAAAUAUUAAAAAGUAUAUUCUAGCCUAUUGCGCAUGCAAAUGACCCAGAAUGGCACCUGGAGAAAUUGCUUAGCUUUCAAAUUCGGUCAGGUUUAUUGCAAAAUACAAACAAUAUGUCCUACAAUUAUGUGUUUUUCGCACUCUUUAAUGUGGCCUGACAGAUAUUCGCUUCAGUUUAAGCAGCAUGUAAGUCAAUCAUCUUUUUGAUUACAUGAGACAUUUGUUUCAUUAAAUUAGGCUAUAUUAUUUUUUUUUAAGCUGAGCUUUGUUAUAUUAAAAGCAACGAAUCACAAAAUUCUUGCCAUUAGUGGGUGGCCGGCGUUCUGCAAAUAAUAAAAAGAAGACGUUAAAUAUUAUGUCCAGUCAUUUACUGUGUUAUACCAUGAAUAAAACAGCUUGUGAGUAGUCACUUAACGUUAUAUACAUCAGAAGAGACAACGAUGUAACUUAUGUUAACGAGUUUAGAACAUUUGUUGAACAUUUUAGAACAGUUGUUUUUAAUUAAAUACAUGUAAGGAAUGACAGAUUGAAUGCCACAGAUGUGUUUGCGGAGUAGGUAGUGGAAUUUUCACAAAGAAAACAGUAUAAUUUAAUGAAUUGAUUCACAUGAAUACAGCGAUCACGCCACAUUAAAGAGCUUGAAAAACACAUUAUUGUAAGACACAUAGUCUGUAUUUUGCUAUAAAACUGACUUUUGAGAGCUGAGACUUUGUUUUAUAUUAAAAGUAUCAAAAGCACAAAGCUUAUUGCUAUUGGGGGGCUGGUGAAACAACAAGUAAUGAAUGCAAUCGAGGACACAAAAUAUUUUGAGAAUAAAGUCAAAAUUACAAGAAUUUUUAGCAAUUAUGAGAUUAAAGUUAUAAUAUUUUGAGAGUAUAUUCUAGCCUAUCGCGCAUACAAAUGUCCCGGAUUGGGAGCACCGGGAGAAAUUCCAAAGUCUCAACUUUUAAGUUUUGUUUAAGGUCAGUUUUGUAGCGUAACACAAACAGUAUUUAUUAAGAUAAUGUGUUUUUCAUGCUCUUUAAUGUGCCAUGACAGAUCGCUGUAUUCGUUUCAGUUUAAGGGGCAUAUGAGUCAGUCAUCUUUCCGAUUACAUGAGACAUUUGUUUCAUUAAAUUAGGCUAUAUUGAUUUUUUUCAUGACUUCUGAUGUUCCUUCACUUUUAUAUCUUGCUAUAAACUUUAAAUAAAGAGGAAAAACAUUUAUAAUUAUUUUUUCUUGAUAAAACUGACAGAAUUUUAAAGCUGAGCUGUUACAUUAAAAGCAACAAAGCACAAAAUUAUUGGCGCACUACAAAUAAUGAAUGGAAGGCGUCCAAUUAUUUACUGUAUUAUACCAUGAAUAAAACAGCUUGUGAAUAGUCAGUUAACAUUAUAUACCUCAGAAAAGACUACAAUGUAACUUAUGUUAACGAGUUGGAGUCCACUUCAACCUUUAGAACGUUUUGUUGUUGUUGUUGUUGUUGUUGUUGUUGUUUUUUUAAUUAAAUACAUGUGAGGAGGAAUGAAAGGUUGGAUGCCACAGAUUUUUGCGAAGUAGGUGGUGAAAUUUUCACAAAGAAAACAGUAUAAUUUAAUGAACUGAUUUGCAUGAAUACAGUGAUCUGUCACGCCACAUUAAAGAGCUUGAAAAACACAUUAUUGUAAGACACAUAGUUUGUAUUUUGCUUUAAAACUGAUUUUAAAAGCUGAGACUUUGUUUUAUAUUAAAAGUAUCAAAAGCACAAAGCUUAUUGCUAUUGCGGGGCUGGUGAAACAACAAAUAACAAAUGCAGUCGAAGACACAAAAUAUUAUUUCCAAGCAUACUGUCCCCACGAGUAGGACACUUGGUAUGAUUUCUACUAAUAAUAUACAUGCAUAUAAUAAUAAUAAUACAUACAUACAUUUGUAGUGUAUUACAAAGGGUUAAAUAAGAAAGAUAUGGUGCCCCCCAAAGGAAUGUCGAUUAUGUGUGUGAGCUGAUGUUAAGAUAAAAAGUUGUUCCUAUUUAGUCUGUUAAUAAAUAUCAUAUUCUUGAUAUUAAGCUGUUUCCACGAGUCCUUAAAAUGGACUCUUCCUCAUCCCAGUAAGAUGAUGAGGCAGCUCGGAUGCAAUAGUAUUUAAAUAAAUUCUGGUGGCCUGGCAACUUCUCCCAGUGCUCUCAAUCCAGGCCAUUUGCAUGCGUAAUAUAUAAGCUAUACUCUCAAAAUAUUAUGACUGAUUUCUAUGAUUUAAAUUUUCAAAACAUUUCGACUUUAUUCUCGUAAUUUCUGCUUUAUUCUUAAAAUAUUUUGACUUUAUUCUUAUAGUAUUUAGACUUUAUUCUCGAAACAUUAUGACUUUUAUCUCGUAAUCUUUAAUUAUUUUUAUUUUUUAACGUGGAACUAAAACGGCGUCAUUUCAGGGCAUUUUUUUUAUAUAUCUCUGAUUGUAUUGAUCUGAAAGAAGGAAGUCAUAUACACCUAGGAUGGCUUGAAGGUGCAAAUCAUGGGGUAAUUUUUGUAUCUUUUUGGGUGAACUAUCUCUUUAACUAACAUGAACUUGCAAUGAGCAAUACAUUGUAUUGUAAAUGCUGUAGAAAUAUGGGUCAUUGUUUCUUUUUGUCAACUAAGGUGGUUAAUAAUGUUAUUUCUUUGAUUAAUGAUUAACCAUUAAUUUCAAUAAUGGGAAUCCAGCUGGGGAAUCUGAAACAUCUUGUUCUGUUUAUGUUGUUUCUUUGUUUUAUUUUUUCAGAAUUCUAUAACCUUUGAUUAUUAAGGUUUAAUAUAAUUAAAUAAGAUUCAGUUAGAUUUUGAAUUCUGUACAUGGUUGUAUUUUUGUACUAUACUUUAAAUGA